GCCCAGAAGCACGAGCGUGCUGACGUGACGUGUUCUUUUAUGAAGCAGGGAGGAAGGAACUUCAAAUCGCUGCAACAUGGCUUCAAAUAACGGUUCGGUGGGCAAGUGGGAAGUUGUGAAGAAAGGAAAGAAAAGUAACUCGGGGGGAGGAAAAAACGCGGCUGAUAAGAAAAGUGGUGGCGGCGGAAGAAAAGCUUUAGGUGAAUCCAACCAGUCCUACAGACCUCCCAUAAAGACAUCGGAGACGCUGUUUGAGGCUUUUGAGAAAAUAGGAAAUAAGCAAAACAAGGAGCAGGUUCCACCACCAGCGGAGCCAUCAAACAAAAAACCCGCAUCAAACAAACCGUCCAAGAAAUCUCAAUCGAGCAGUACUCAAAGUUCUACAAGCCACAAGAACCUGGAGGAAGCCUUCAAAGCUCUUGAUGUUGGAGACUUGAAGCAGCAGUUGGCUCGCAGUCAGACUCUGUUCCCGGAGAACCCGUCUGUGUGGGUCAAGGACCUGGCCGGGUACCUCAACUUCCAUCUGGCUGCACCGGAGACUGAACCCACACUUAGCAGCUAUGCUCACGAUUACCCAUACUGCCUUACGGGAAAAGAGCUCAGGGGAGUGAUGAAGGGUUUGUUUGGGCGCUGCACCGACAUUCUGCCAGAUUUCUUUGACCAUUGUGUUUACUCCAUGCUCAAAGUGCUGGACAGACAGUCAGGAGAGCAGUUGCAUGGCUACAGAGUUUGUAUUCAAGCAGUCCUACAAGACAGACCGAAACUGGCUACUCAAAACUUAGCAGAGUAUUUGGAGAUACUGCGGUCAGUUCAAAAUCGUCCAGCAAAGUGUUUGACUAUCAUGUGGGCUCUGGGCCAAGCUGGAUUUUAUGACCUGAGCCAGGGACUACGAGUGUGGCUGGGUAUCAUGCUCCCUGUGCUGGGAAUGAAGUCCUUGUCUUCAUAUGCAAUAGCGUAUCUGGGGAAACUUCUCCUGCUUCAUACCAACCUGACAAAAGGAUUUGGCAUCAUGGGUCCUAAAGAGUUCUUUCCUCUGCUGGAUUUUGCCUUCAUGCCCAAGAAUGCACUUUCACAAAGUCUGCAGGAGCAGUUGCGGUGUUUGUAUCCCCGGCUGAAAGUCCUUGCAUUUGGGGCCAAACCCGAGAGCACAUUGCACACAUACCUGCCAUCAUUCCUGUCCAGAGCCACACCAAACUGCCCGGGCAACAUGAAGAAAGAGCUGCUCAGCAGUAUGACGGAAUGCUUAUGUGUGGAUAUUCAAAGUCUUGGAGUGUGGAGGCAACUGUAUACCAAACACCUCCCCCAGUCAAGUCUACUGUUGAGCCAUUUAUUGACGUGUUGGAAUACGCUGCCACCAAAGCUACGCAAGAACCUUGAAGAAACUGUUCAGUCAUUCAGAGUAACCAAUGAAGAGAUGAAGUACACCAGCCAAUCUCGGGACCUUCAGGAGUGCAACAAGCUUUGUCAUAACCUGCAGGUAAAGAUGCGUGGUCGUGGUUUUCCCUGGUCCAAGCUGCUUAUGGUCCUGCUAGUGUUUGUUGCUGGUUUCGUUGUGCACGACAUUAAAUCACACGGCUCCUUCACAGAUUCCACCACGUCCAGCUAUCUAGAGAACUCAGGGAUUACAACGGUAUCUCAGCAGGCCUGGGGCAAAAUAAGAGUUUACUCCAAGCAGGGUUUCAGCUGGUUGGAGACAAACACUCCUCAUUAUUACUCUGAGUGUGUUCGGGUGCUGAGGCCAGUAAUGGAGCAAGGUUUGGAAAAGACUAAAACUGCAGUUGUCCUUGUUGGAGAAAACGCCAACCAGCUCAUCCUCUGGGUUAAAGAAAAGACACCACUGGCCAUAGAAUGGGUAAUCAAUAAUACUCCAGAUGGUGUACUGGCGGCUUUGAAGUAUCUGAAGGAACUCCUAAUCUUCCUCUACCAGAACUACAUCCUGCCUGCUUUGAUGUACUUAUCCGAACUACUGCGAAAAAUGUGGACCGACCUUCAAGACUCCUGCAACGGUGAAGUAUCGAUAUCGUGUCUGCAGCGUCACGCUUUAUCUCUCACCAACUCUACAUGGCAGCUGCUCCAACACACAACCUCCGUCAUCACGACGUGGGCUCACGAACUGCUGACACAGGCGUGAUGGCCACACCCACUUUGCGGACUGAUUUAAAACGUGUGCACACACGCAUACGUUGACCCAGAGCGCAGACUCCUGUCAUCUUAAGCCGUGAUUGGUUACUCUAGGUCAGAUAAGUAAACUGCCACCCAAAGGAUUCUUUAAUCUCUCUUUUAGUUCAAUUUUAUCAACUUGUUUUUGAGAAUUUUUCUUCUGUUCUGCCAAUGUUUGUCAUGGCUGUUGCAGAGGUCCUUUUCUUUGAGUUUUCUACAACAUAUUUCAAUGGUUUCCUUUAAGUAUAAAAUGUUUGUGAGAAUUUGGUAAAGGACAGAAAUGACACCAAAAAGAUAUUCCAGACUUUUUUUUUUUCUUGUAACAAACUUUUUAUAGUUUUAAAUUGAAAUUUCCUACAUUUGCACUUGCUGGCCACCAGAGACAGUACAGUCAUGUAUGUUGCACCUUGGACAUGAUGGGCAUGCUCAGGUAUGUAGUCACGUGGGGUCUGGUGACGAGUCCUUGGAUCAGCUGGAGAUCUGGUACCAUCUUGCAUAUCCCAGACAUAAAAAUGUUGUAGAAAGAGUAGUUACACCCAGGCAACUGUCUGUCAGUAUUUCAGUCAUGUUAAGUAUUCUACAUCAUUUGUCUGAUCAUAAAGAUUCCACAAGGUAGUGUUUGCGUGGCCUGAAAGUAUUGACUUAUGGGAUUUUAAUAUUAAAAUAGUGACAACAGGCCAAUUUUGGUUUUACAGGGCUCAAAUUGUAAGUGCACUUUCCAAAAGAGGAAAAAAAAGUGCAUCAGUUUAUUAGUUGGAAUACUUUUUUUUUUUUUCCAAGGAGCAGUUUGCAACGUCUAUUUGUGGCAACAUGUCACACAAUCCAGUGGACCUCAUUUGAUCUUUGCACACAAAGAAUUCAAAAACUGGAUUUCUUUUUUGUAGGUUUGACUGUUAUCUUAAUGGCUAAUUUGCAGCAUUUUUUUUAUACCAGAACUGUAAAAAUUUGAGCAAGCUGGAAUUUGCCUUUGUCACCUCUUUUGCAAUAAUUUUUUGAGUGUAGAUGGUACAAACAAUACCUUCAUAAUGAUGUUUUGAUGAGAUAGACGUUUGAUUCCUACCUGGAUGUAGCUACCACUCUGG